CAAUAUUGUCCCAAUCGCCAAUCCAAUCCAACCCCAUUUUUUUUGUUCCAGUUUGUCUAAAUCCGUGAAAAAAGUUUAACAAUGCCUGCAAUUGCAGAUCGCAACUCGUCUCCCUUCAAGGGGAUGUCGGUCGGAUCCAACGGCUGUUGUACUCCUCAGAAACGAAGGUUAAGGUCCGACACGACGGCGGACAAACAGAGUCUGGUUUCAACGCCGAUGAAACUCAAAUCGCCUCGCCGUCGCCUAAUUUCAAGUCCAAGCAGCCCUGAAAAUCAAAUGAAGGAAGAUCUGAGCGGUAGACCAGUGAAGAGAUGCUGGGAUCCGAGAGAUGUUGAACAAAUGGGGGCUGUGAAGGAGUCUCUACAUGUUUCAACAGCCCCAUCAACUGUUGUGUGCCGAGAAGAUGAGCAAAAAAGGGUUUUGGAUUUUUGUAAGACGUGUGUUGAACAAGAGAAAGCUGGGAGCUUGUAUGCUUGUGGAUGCCCUGGGACCGGGAAAUCGUUAUCUAUGGAGAAAGUAAAACAACAAGUUAUUGAUUGGGCAGCAGUGGAAGGUUUGCAGCCACCUGCCAUAUUAGCAAUGAAUUGCACUUCUUUAGCAAAUACAUCUCUGAUUUUUAGUAAGAUUCUUGACAUGCACCAAUUGAAGAAGAAAACUACAGGAUCAAUGUCACCUUUACAGCAUUUACAGAAACUAUAUUCUAACAAGCAGGCGUCAUCAGGCUCAAAGAUGAUGUUAAUAAUAAUUGCUGAUGAGUUGGAUUAUUUAAUUACAAGAGAUAGAGCAGUACUUCAUGAUCUUUUCCUGCUUACAACCUUUCCGUUUUCAAGAUGUAUAUUGAUAGGAAUAUCAAAUUCCAUUGAUCUAGCUGAUAGGUUUCUUCCAAGACUUCAGUCAUUGAACUGCAAACCGAUGGUUGUAAACUUCCGUGCUUACUCGAAAGAUCAAAUCCUUUCAAUACUUCAGGAGAGGCUCUUGGUACUUCCAUAUAUUGUCUUCCACCAGAAGGCAUUAGAACUUUGUGCCAGAAAAGUUGCAGCUGCAUCUGGGGAUAUGCGGAAAGCUCUUUCUGUUUGUAGGAGUGCGGUGGAAAUUCUUGAGGCAGAAUUAAGGGAAACUGCAAGCGGGGUCAGUUUGACAUCAGUAGAGGGGGGGUUCAUCAGUCCACAGACGCCUCCUGCUCAUGAAGUCUUACCAUCACAAGAAAAUAAUACAGUGAGGAUUGAUCAUAUGGCUCUUGCAUUGUCAAAGACAUUCAGAUCACCUAUAGUUGACACUGUACAGUGUCUUCCUCAACAUCAGCAAAUUAUGCUUUGCUCUGCGGUGAAGUAUUUCCGUGGUGGAAAGAAGGAUACAACUGUUGGGGAGCUAAAUAAAUCUUACAUUGACACUUGUAAAUCAGCAUUGAUCCCACCAGUUGGAAUUUCAGAAUUUUCAAGUCUGUGCAGAGUGCUAAAUGACCAGGGGAUUUUUAAACUGGGUCAGUCUCGUGAUGAUAAGUUCAAAAGGGUAACGCUAAAAGUUGAUGAAGCCGACAUCUCCUUUGCUUUGCAGGGUGUUCGUUUAUUUCGGAAUUGUCUGCAGUAAUUUUUGCACAAUCGCUUGAUGAAUUGUGAUAGCUUGAUAGGGUGGCUGUCUCUGCCUGCUCGAUUCAUUAA